AUGUGCUUUAGCACCUCUUCCACCUCCGAUGGACAGCGCGACGCUAACAGGAUCAACUCCUUUUGUGAAAAGUUAUUCAACUGCUCACGAACUCGCGUGAACAAGUACUUUCCGGCAACGCAAAAAGUGGAAUGCAAUAGGUGGGCGAACUGCAAUGUAAUUUCCUUGACCAAUUCGUCGCUGAAAAACGAAAAUGCCUGGAGGAGGAACUCAUCCACUCUGGUGAUUUCCUCUUUAAGCGUUCUUUGGACGGUAAACGCUUGCUUCUUUCCGUCAUCCCCGUCUGUGGUGGUUGCCGCACAAGCUUCCUCAGGGUGGAUUCGCUCCGUGGUGGAUGAAAUUUCUCCACGUUGGCUUUGUUCUCUCGAUGAGGUGUCGUCCCCCUCCAUCUCCUCUUUUUUGGACCAUUUAUCUAGUACGGUGGCGUACCGCCGCGUUUUUAAAAGGGAGUUCAUGGAAAUGCGCGUCAGAUGGGCGAGCGCUGUGGAUACCUUUUUUCGAUUCUUCUCAAACGCUUCACCGGAAUCCGCGUUGUUCGCCGCCGCCGGAAGACGCUUUAGGACGGUUUCAAAGGCGGUGGCGAUUAUGCACAGGCCGUUCAUCAGCCCCGGAGAAGAGCGCCGCCGAUGGACGGCUAUUAAAAAGGCACUGAAGACAUCGCUGAUCAUUUCAAGGUCGCACGACCCCAGCAAAAACUCAAGGUAG